AUGUCGAUGUGUAUCGAAGCAUUGGGCAUCCAUACUUCGUCCUCCAGAUUUGGCUCGCCCGCAGCUAUUGUUUGCCUACGUAAAAGACAAGAAGUUGCUCUUUUUCUCGAAGGAAAAGAAGGAAGUGGUGCAGGGUAUGAUCCUGUUGAGAAACAAUACAAGGUAUUGACAUGGUUUGAUGGUUUUGAAGAGUAUCAAGUUCUCACAUUAGGAAUUGGAGAACCGUCAUGGAGAAACAUCAAAUGCUGCAGACCCCAUUUACAUUAUCCUUUGUAUAAAGGGAUAUGCAUUAACGGUGUUUUGUAUUACGUAGGUACAGUCACUGGGUUGUUAAAGGAUUUCAUGGUCGUUUGCUUUGAUGUUAAGUAUGAGAACUUCAGAUUCGUUGAAGAAGGGGAUGCUUACUUACGCCUUGUUGGAGUGACUCAGAGAAAUGAAAUUGUGUUGGCGACGUGCUAUGCUGUGCCUUUCUACCUCUUCUACUACAAUAUGGAGAGAAAGACAAUCAUAAGACUUCAAAUCCAAGGAAUGGAAGUUUUUCCUUAA